CAGUUAUCAUUACGGAAUGAUACUAUGUGUCUAUUGUCUUGGAACAACCGGAUUUAUUCGGAUUUCACGACACCCCACAGAAGGAAAGACAUUGGACAUUGAGGGAUUAAUGUGCUAGUGUAUUGACGAAGAUAUAGGAGAGUUUGAUGGGUUUUUUGUCCAGUUUAUAAUUACGAUUCUGAAGUGCCAGCCCUGAUAGAGCAUUAGCCUAUACGGAGACGAGAUGAAAUUCGAUGACGUAUUGACCCACCACGUGGGGCAGGUCGGCAGAUACCAAUGGUUCCUUUACAUUUCACUCACAGUCGCCGCCACCCCCACCGCAUGGUUCGCCAUUGCCAUGGUUUUCGUUGGAGGGGGAUCCGGCGGACAAAACUAUGAAUGCCAGAUGCCGGAACAUUUAAAAAACGCAUCACUGCCGAAACAUGUGCUGGUUCCAAUGGAAGUUGACGCGACCGGAGAGGCUAUAUUCAGUAAAUGUCAAUACUACGAUCACUCAAAUUCGAACCUGAGUGCAUUGAGUGUGUAUAAUACGACUGAAAUGUGGAGGAAUACGACUCUAGCUAUCGGCGUCAUAGCCAAUCAGACUUCGAAGCGAUUUUGCCAGAGCUGGGAGUAUGAUACGCAGGGGCGGUUUCAGUCGACAGUGAUGGAGCAGUACAAGCUGACUUGUCAGAGUGAAUGGUUGCUCCCUCUCGUGCAGAGUUUCUUCAUGAUUGGAUGGCUAUGUGGAAACUUCAUCUUUGGAUCUCUCGCGGAUAGGUACGGUCGUAUGACGGUGAUUCCAAUAGGAUUCUUUCUCGAGACGAUCCUCGGGAUAGCUGUCCCUUUUGUCCCCAACUACUAUGGCGCCCUUGUGCUCAAGUUCCUUCUGGGUGGCGUGACCGGCGGAACGUAUACCAUCUGCUUCGUAUUAUGUCUGGAAUUUGCCGGUAAGAAAUACCGUCCAUUCGUUGCCUCCGUGUUCCAUUGUGGUUUUAAUGGCGGUCUGUGUGUUAUUGCGGGUAUUGCCUAUGCACUGGAACCAAUCAACCAUACGACCUUACAGAUCAUCAUCGGAUGCUUCCCAGCCUUCUUCAUUGUCCUCAGAUGGCUCAUUCCUGAAUCACCCAGGUGGCUGGUGUCCGACGGAAGAUUUCAGAAAGCAAAGCAUAUCGUCAGAAAAAUCGCCCGUUGCAACGGUCGCCCGGUUCCUAGAAUUGAGGAUAUCGUGUUUGAGGAGGAAAAACUAUUUGAAAAACUAAAUGAUUUGGACGAAAAGAGUUCAAACUAUUCUAAAGACGAAAGGAUCUACACGGUUGUUGACUUAUUCCGAACACCAAACAUUCGAAGGAUUGCCCUUGCUUCUUUUGUAGUAUGGUUUGCCUCGGCCUUCAUCUACUACGGGUUCCUCUUCAUCUCUGGGGGCAUCGGCGGUAAUGUCUACAUUAAUACGGUGAUCUCGGGUGCCACAGGGGUCGUCUCCGCCUUCAUCACCGUCCCUUUACUUAACUACUUCGGCCGGCGGACCACUGCGGUGUGCGUACAGGUGAUGAUGGCGAUUGCUCUUUUUGCAGCUAUAGGAUUGGUCAAUAAGCCAGAUUACGAAACCGCACUGGUGAUCGUCGUGUCCAUAGGAAAGUUCUGUAACAUCUUGGUGUUCGAUGCCAUCUACCUCCACUCUGCCGAGAUGUUCCCGACUGGCACCAGGAGUCUCGGGGUCGGCAUGGGCUCGCUCUUCGCUCGCGUAGGCGCGCUCAUUUCGCCGCUCAUUGGAAACAUGACAAUAUUUUGGCACUUACUGCCAAUUGUUGUCUUUUCUGCUGUGGCUGUGAUCUCAACGCUGUUCGCCCUACUUCUUCCUGAAACAGUCGGACGCCCCCUACCGGAGACCAUCGAAGAUGGAGAAAAGUUUGCCAAGUUUGACCUCUCCGGAUUCUGCCCCUUGUGCGAUAAAAAGACCAGAGAUGGGUAUGAGGUGGGAGCGACCACGGAUGUGGAGUUGCACCAUAGGUGUUGAGGGGAGAGGAAGUUAAGGCAGGGCUAUUGGGGCCUAGGGCCUAAUCAGGCAACCAACCAACCCGCUUUGACAACUAGUCGUGGCAUAAAUCUGCAAGCUAUUAUUGACUUUGGUAUAACCAUGAUCACAAGAUCGUGGUCACUUCUGCAUUGCAAAAGUCAUUGGAAAGUCUUGACUGACCCAUUAUAAGGAAAAUCAUGUACAUGUAUUGUAUAAAGUGCUCCUGUAUAAAGUGAUAUCAACGAUGAUAAGAGUGAACUAGGCCUACUACAUUUUUGCGUCUUUCUAUUUGAACAAUUCGAUUACUUCAAUCAAAACAUUUUUUGGCAGUUUUUACUAUUUCAAAUCUUAGUCAGUCACGAAUCUGCAGACAUGAAACACCCGUGAACAUUUGGCAGUUCACAGGAAGCUUUCAGGUGACGAUUGUCAGCUACGUCACUUAACUUUUUUCCGUCCCCAGUUGUGAUGAUAAAUGUACAAGGAAACCACAGUGCUCAAAUAUACGCAAUGUUUUAAAAGCCCACUUAUUUAUGAAGACAUGGAGAUCUUUUUUCGACAAUAAUAUGACUUGUAUUAUUUAUCUUUGAUUAGUGAAACUGCUUGCUCAAUUGUAAAUAUGAUUAUAUCAGGUAAAUACCUAUUGAUUAUAUCAAUUUAUUACCUGUUUUUCUAAUUGUAUCAAUUAUGAAUGUGUGAGAGAAGUUCGACAUGAACUUAGUCGUGUUAGUGUGAAGAAAUUCGACCUUUAAAUCUUUUAAAAUCUGAAGAAUUGCGAAAUCAAAAAGAUCAGUUUUGAAAUCAUGGGAAUCCAGUCAAAUUCAUUACAACUAUGAUUUCAUGGCAUCUGCCAGUCCUUAUUAUUUGUGACACGUUAGUCCAAUAUUGAAUUCAAAAUAAAUAACUCCAAAUGAUAG